UCAGUAAUGUACAAAGUUGAUAAUGAUGUCGCUACUACAUGUGGUGUACCCGGAGAACCUAUAUGGGGUUGGUUAAAUAUAAAACAUGGUGUAUUUACAUGUAAUAUUCCAAAUGAAUCACUUGUCUGUCGUGAAUAUUGGAAAGGUCCAAAUGAGGGCAUAACUAGUUUUGAUAAUAUUGUUUUUGCUAUGCUUACUGUCUUUCAAUGUAUAACAAUGGAAGGAUGGACACAAGUACUUUAUUGGACAAAUGAUGCAGUAGGAACUUUAUUUAAUUGGCUUUAUUUUGUACCAUUAAUUAUACUUGGCUCGUUUUUUAUGCUUAAUCUUGUUCUUGGUGUUUUAAGCGGAGAAUUUGCAAAAGAAAGAGAACGGGUAGAAAAUCGUCGAGCAUUUGUUAAAAUUCGUCGUCAACAACAAGUUGAAAGAGAAUAUAAUAAUUAUGUUGAAUGGAUUAAUCGAGCUGAGGAUGUUAUCCUAAAUGAAGAAAGAACAACAGAACAAGAACGACGUGCAAUUCAUGAAGCUCGAAAAUAUGCAGCAUUAAAAAAAAUUCGGCAUUAUCGAGCAGGAAAACAACAAAGUUUAGAUGAUGAUGAAGAUGAUAUCGAUCAUGCAUUCAAUCGUGGUCGUGGAACUGGUAUUGAACGAACUGAUCGACCACGAACAUUUUCUCGUCGAUGGCAUAUUCAACAGCGUGUAAUAAAGAGUAAAAUACGUGUUUUGGUUAAAACUCAAGCAUUUUAUUGGACUGUUAUUGUGCUUGUUUUUCUUAACACAGCUUGUGUUGCUAUUGAACAUGAUGGACAAAAACAAUUUCUUACUGAUUUUUUAUAUAUUGCCGAAUUUGUAUUUCUUGGUUUAUUCGUUUUUGAAAUGCUUUUUAAAAUGUAUGGUCUUGGUAUUGAUCAAUAUUUUGCAUCAUCAUUUAAUAUAUUUGAUUUUGUUGUUAUUGUUGGUUCUAUAUUUGAAGUUAUUUGGACACAUUUUAAUCCUGAAGAAUCAUUUGGUGUAUCAGUUUUACGUUCAUUACGUCUACUGAGAAUUUUUAAAGUUACUCGGCAUUGGGCAUCUCUUCGUAAUUUAGUUGUAUCACUUUUGAGUAGUAUGCGAUCAAUUGUUAGUUUAUUAUUUCUUCUCUUCUUAUUUAUUCUAAUAUUUGCAUUAUUGGGUAUGCAAUUAUUUGGUGGCGAAUUCAAUUUUGAAGAUGGUACACCAUUACAAAAUUUUAAUAAAUUUGCUACAGCACUUAUCACUGUCUUUCAAAUUUUAACUGGUGAAGAUUGGAAUGAAAUUAUGUAUAAUGGUAUUAUUUCUCAAGAUGGACCCAAUGAUUAUAAUAAAAAAAGAAAAUCUUUUAUAUCAGAUACAUUACUUAAUGUCUUUUUGGCUAUUGCUGUUGAUAAUUUAGCAAAUGCACAUGAACUUACGAAAGAUGAAGAAGAAGAACAAGCAGCCGAAGAAGAAAAACGUGAACGUGAAACAAAAGAUGUUGACUCAAUGUUUAAAUUAGGUUCAUCACCAGCAGAACCAAUAACAACAACAACAACAGCAGCUACUUCACCUAAUACUAAAUCUAAAAAAACAGAUCAAGAACCAUUCUUAAAUCGAAAUAAUCUUCGACAAACAACAAAAAGAGAACAUGUUGAAAAUACUGUAAAAACAGCAUUGGAAAAAAAACCAUCAAAUCCACCAAAAAGUUCAAAAGCUGAUGAUUAUUUAGAUAGACAUCUAUAUGAAAAAGCUGAUCUAGAUUAUAUACCUGGUUUAGAUUAUGAUCUUGGUCCAGUUUUUAUUCCAACAUUGAAUAAAUUAGCCGGAUUUGAUAAUCCAGAAGCUGUAAAAGCUCGUGCUGAAGAAGCAGCAAAAAAAAAAGCCGCUGAAGCUGUAGCUGAAGCCGAAGCUAAGAAAAAAGAACAAGUUCGUGUGGUUAAACCAAUUCUUCCAUAUAGUUCAAUGUUUAUUUUUAGUAGUACGAACCCGAUUCGUCGAUUUUGUCAUUUUAUUGUUACUCUUCGUUAUUUUGAUUUACUUAUUAUGAUUGUUAUAUGUCUCAGUUCAAUAUCAUUAGCUGCUGAAGAUCCUGUACAUGAAAAUUCAACACGUAAUUUAGUACUCAAUUACCUUGAUUAUGCAUUUACAGGUGUAUUUACUGUUGAAUUAUUACUUAAGAUUGUCGAUUUAGGUGUUGUACUUCAUGAAGGUUCUUAUUGUCGUGACAUAUGGAAUUUACUUGAUGCACUUGUUGUUAUUUGUGCAUUAGUUGCUUUUGGUUUUACGUAA